AUCUACUAUUACAACACGACACUGCGACCACACGGCAGCGUUUACAAGUGAAAGUAAGGGCUCUGCUACUGUCCCCGGCUCUUUUACACAUUUAUUUUCACUUUUGAAUUCGUUGUUUUGGUGUGAAGAGGAGGUGGCUGUAACUUUGACCAGUAGCAUUACCGAAAAGAGUGUGAUAGUUCUAGUUCGGACUGGGAAUUGAACCUGCAGCCUGUAACAACGAAGAUCCAGUCCGUGACUAGUUUUACUGCUUGCAACAGAUAUUUUGAAUAGCACAUUAUGCAAGAAAUGGACUGCAAGGACACGAUGCCAGUGGAGAGGAUGAGGAUGAGACCAUGGCUAGAAGAGCAGAUCGACUCCUGUCAGAUUCCUGGACUCAAAUGGGUCAAUAAAGAAAAGCGAAUAUUCCAGAUCCCGUGGAUGCAUGCAGCUCGACACGGCUGGGACUUGGAGAAAGAUGCUCCUCUGUUUAUGAGAUGGGCCAUUCACACAGGUAAAUACCGCCCUGGAGUGGACCGCCCCGACCCAAAAACAUGGAAGGCAAAUUUCCGCUGUGCCAUGAACAGUUUACCCGACAUCGAGGAGGUGAAGGACAAGAGCAUCAAGAAGGGAACCAAUGCUUUUAGAGUUUACAAAAUGUUAUCAUCAUCAGAACGAAGCAUGAGAAGAGGAAAGAAGAGAAUCGACAAAGAGACGAAGGUAAAAGGAAGCAGGGUCUCGAGUUCAGAGAAGUAUCGUCCUGAAGAUGGUCCCAUAGACUACACCAAACCAGACCUGUCCAGAGUCAAACAGGAGUCUCCAGAUGUAACUGACAGUGCUGCAGACCUGCCGAGCUCAGAGGAGGGUCACAUGGUUUUGUCGGAGCAGUUGCCGUUUGUUUGUCAGACGGUGGAAGUGACGACUGAAGAUUCACAGGAGCAGACUGUGACUUCAUCUCACUCAUACCCCCUCCAGAUCUCCCCUGUCUCCUCAUACGGCAGUGACACAGAAAGUGACACAGAGGAGACGAAUAAAUGUGGUGGUGGCGCCCUCUGGAGGACGAGCUACUCCACAUCAGUCCUCAGGCUCCCGACCGGCUCCUUGCCCGGUAUGUCCACGUUCGUCAGCGGCAACAAGCCCAACUUCAGAGUGACCAGCACCCGUGACCCCACCCCCCUCAUCAGCUACCACCCCAACGCAUGGACUCCCCCCCUGCACACCCUCACGGGGCCCUCCGCUUCAGGCCACGCCCACGAAAACAGGGCCAGCGUUAUUAGGAAAACGUCUGAUGUCACUUCCUCCUGACCAAAAAACAAGAUACACUGCAAAAAUCACAUGUCUACAUUAAUUAGGUAAUAGCACAAGAAUUCAGAAAAUGUCUCUUUAUUUGAGUAAGACUUUGAGAUUUUGACUGAUAGUAAAUGUUUUUUUCAUGCAUCUGUAUUCGUCAAUUUCCUUCGCACAUAGCACCGAGGUUUACCUCCGUGAAGUUGCCCCCAUCAAGUGCAAACCUACACAAAAACAAUCAAUCAAUCGUUUGUGCUCCGUUUGUGCUGUUUUGUGCUGCAAAAAGUUUUGUUUGUGCUGCUAUAGUUUUUGAGGUAUUCUUUUAUAGGUCAAAUUAGGGUCAGCAGCCCCCAGGAAGCUUCAAAAUGCUUUAAAACUGCCCAAAAUGGGGUCAUUUGUGCUUUGUUUGUGCUGUUUUCUGCUGCAAAAAGUUUUGUUUGUGCGAUUCUGGUUCUUAAGAUAUAAGCAGUUUUAUUUUCGACUGAUGACGUCAUCCAGCCCCUCAAAAUAUGAAAUAGCCUCAAAACAGGCAGAAAAUUAUACAAAACGUUUAUAUUUAGUUUGUGCUGUUUUGUGCUUUGACAAUUUUCAUUUAUGUUAGAAUAUAAAAAAAAAAAUGUAUUAUUUUUGUGGAAAUAAUUAUUUCUGCUGACAGUAGCAGCUUUAGCAAAACUCUGCAAAACUAAAGAAGAUAAAUGAUCUCAGGCUGUGGAAAAGUCUGUAUCAGUCUUUAGUAACUUGAUUCAUAUUUGAUAUAAUCACACAGCCUGAGCCUGAGAUCAUUUAUCUUCAGUAGUUUUACAGUUUUGUUAAAGCCGCUGCUGUCAGCUGAGAGGAAAUGAUGUCAUGUAAUUUUCACAAAAAUAAUAAUUCAUAAUUUUAGAACUAUAUUAACAUAAAUGAAAAUUGUCACAGCACAAAAUAGCACAAACGAGAUUCAAACAUUUUGUGUAAUUUUCUGCCAGUUUUGAGGCUAUUGCUGGUUAUCUUAACCAUAAUCACACAAAUGAUUGACACCAUUUUGGGCCAUUUUAGAGCAUGCUCCUGGGGGCUGCUGACCCUAAUUUGACCUAUAAAAGAAUUGUUAAUAUCUCAAAAACUAUAGCAGCACAAACAAAACCUUUUACAGCACAAAACAGCACAAACGGAGCACAAACGAUUGACACAGGCUAUGCUCACACUGCAGCCUGAAGUGACCCAAAUCCGAUGUUUUGGCCCCUAUGUUCCUGUAUCUGAUCUUUUAAUGACAGUCUGAACGACACAGAUCCCAUUUUUUCAAGUGUGACCCAGGACACUUGGAUAUAUGCUCCUGAAACUGAUACAUAUCUGAUCUUUUGACAUGUGACUUCAGUCUGAACGGUCAAAGUGCAUUCAUCCACCUACACGUUAUCAACAAGACACAAACGUCACUAUUCUGCGCUGAAGUAGGUGAAAAUUGUUAAUGAACUCCGUGUCACUGAAGUGAAGCACAUCACCACUCACCACUCUUGGCUCCGUCUCCACAUCCACACGUUCCUUUCAACGGACGUCGCUGCCGGAAUUGCGCAUUAAGCCCUGCAGUCUGAACGUAGCCAUAGUUAUUGUGUAGGUUUGCGCUUGAUGGGGUCAAACUUCAUGCAGGUCCAGGUCUCUCUGUGCUCAAUUGUCAUUUCCAGUUUGGCCCAUGUUACUCUAUUUUCUGAUUCAUGUUAUCGUGUUGUUUUCUCGUCACAAACAUACCUGGAGUUGUGUUGUGUUUCAUUCACACACUUUCGGUCAGUCCGCAAACUCUUCAUAUAUAGGCUGAGUUCUUCUCUCAAACAGAAAACAGAGCAUUUUGAGUUUUUGGUGUACAGUAGCAAUAAUGCAGGAUUACAUAAACAUGUGUGAAUGAAACAAAACACAACUCCAGGUCUGUUUUUGAUGAUGUAACAGCAUUGUAACAUGGUUUACAGAUUACAAGAGGGGCCUUUACAAUUUUUAAAAAGUACUGAAACCAGGAAAAUACUUUGAAUUAAGUAUAAAUCUCCAGACCUACAACUUACAAACAGAUCUGACUGUGCAAAUAAAGACACAUAUUCUGAAUUCAAGUUAUUCAAACUCAUGAGACUAGUCAUUUUUACAGUGUACCCACAACACUCUGCUGCUGCUGCAUAGGAAUCAAAACGAGGAAACAACAAAUUCUACUUUAUUUUAAUUUUUUUUUUAAAGAGAAAUCAUCAUUGACUGCGAUCACCAUGACGACAAUCAUCUGUGGAUCUGGUGAUUUGAGAUUAAACGUGUCUCUUACUCUUCUCGUGCUUGUAGCUGGAGAACUGUGGUUGCUGUUGUAGCCGCCAUAUUGGUAAGGUCAAAAUAUUGGUCAGCACUCAGGAAUUUAAAACAAUACAUGUAACAAUGUAGGAUGAAGUUUUGUGUUGUGCCUAAAUCAAAAAGGCGUGUUCAUAAAUUAGAAACAAAUCAUGUGUAUAUUAUUUAAAGGUGCACUGCGCAACUUUUCUGCUUGUCUCCAUGGAGAUGUUAAUGCUUCACCUGAAAUGUUUCAUGGUAUGACAUUAAACACAUCUAUCUAGCAUUUAUUCUUUACGGGUGUUUCUGUUGAUCAAAAAUAUUAUAAUUUUCUCUGUGAAUAGGGUUGCCUCUCCACAGAUCUGACCUGUAAUGUGGCCUAUAGUUGUCUCCGUCCAGAUAGAUUUAGGUUUCAUUUCUAUUGUGGAACAUUCCAGACAAAGCAAUAACAUCUCCAUGAGGACAAGCAGGUGAACGACCCCUCCACUAGUGAUGGGGAGAUGAAGCCUCCAGGUGUGUGGAACACAUUUUCAACAAUGUGUUGACACUGUGUUGGUGCGUUCUAUAGCGCCAUCUGGUGGUUUAAAAUGAACUGUUUCCUAUGCAGACGCAUUGACACGACACAGGGCUCGUUCUUUCAGACAUGAGAAUUCUCAUUUGUGAUGAAUGUGCUCUGAUAUUCAACAAAUGAAAGAAACUGACCAAGAAAGCAGUGCAAAUCUCAUGUCAUGAGAGCAAAUCACAGCCUGCUGUACAAUAAAAAACGUACAUGACGAGGUGAAUGGGUGUGCAAAUGAUAGUAAAAUAAUGUAGCUAUUUUAAGAAAUCUGUAGAAUUUGGGACUGAUUAAAAUGAGUCCACACAGAACAGGUGUUUCUCUGUGAUUCUGUGGUGAUGAACAGAGACAGUGUGUCAGAUUUGAGCCUCGCGCUCUUCGCUCUACACGAGCUGCCUCAGAGCUCCCGACACGUGAGCCACGAGCCACGAGCCACACCAACUGACACAGUUGAUGUGUCAGUCAAAUGACUUUUCUUAAAGUGAUCCACACAGCGACACAGCUCGACACCAGAGCUGACGUGUCGACUCGUUUGGCCCAUCACUACCCUCCACCAGAAAAGUUGCAUGAUGCACUUUUUAAUUAUUACAAAUUUAAGAGUUCUAAAUAUACAAAUUAUGAAAAUAUUUGAAUAAUGUAUUUAUUAUGAUUCUUAAAAAUAUAAAUUAAAUAAUACUUACAUUUUGAAUAGUCACACCUAUAAAAUGUGUAAUGACAGUAAUGAAAAGAAAGAAAUGGCCUUUGUACAGAUUUCUAUAUCCCUGUGUUACCCUGAGGAUCUUUGUAUGUGUAAAACUGGCACAAACAUGUUAAAUGCAUGUGGUUCUUAUAUUAACAUUUUAAAGGUGCACUGUGUAACUUUUUGGUUACACAGUCUGUCUGUCUGUCUGUCACCUGCUUGUUUCUAUGGAGAUGUCAUUGCUUUGCCUAGAAUGUUCCCCAGUGUGACAUUAAACAGCUCUACUUUACAUUUAUUCAAUUACAGUUUUAUAAAAGUGCUCAAAAAUAUCUUAAAAAACCUCAUGUAGACAGACGAAGCAAGAACAUCUCCAUGGAGAAAAGCUUUUGACAGGCCCUCCACCAUAAAAGUUACACAAUGCACCUUUAAACUGUGGACUCUGGUCUGAAAACCUACUUGAAAAAUUGCAAAUUCAAAAGUUGUUAGCCUAAGUUUAAACAUAAAACUUCAGUUUCACUGUUUUGUGUACUUUUGAGUUGACCUUCCCAAUAUGGCCACUUAAACAUGGUUUUUACUUACUGCCCACGAUGAACCUUUUUUUUUUAAUAUAUAUAUUUUCAUGUAUGGAAACUCUUUAACACACUGACAAAUGAUUUUUCUGUUAACAAACUUCAAUUUCGCAAUAUUUUUAUGACAUUUUUAGCAAGCAAUAUAACACAGGACUUCCCUAGGAUUAUUAGAAUUUAAUUCAUUUCAAACAAUUAUUCAGAUUCUAAUAACAAAAAUACAUUGAAAUUUGGCAUACACAAUUUACUUUUGAGAAAUCAUUGCUCAAAAAUGUACUCAAAAUUAACUAAAUAAUAUAGUAAAGUCUUUCUUGAGGUUUCUUGAAAACCUUAAAUAAAAAAGAAAAGUUUUAACCAAAAAAAAAAAGAUCCUGGGGUGUCCCCUGCCUUUUGUGUAGCUUUAAUUAAUUGAAUAUUGGUGAUAUUUUAUUAAAGAGGGGGUAUUAGGCAAAAAUUUUUCUGACAAGGUUUUAGAGUCAUCCAAGCAUGUUUGAGUAAUUAAGUGAUCUCUAUUCGAAUCCUCUUAAGUUUAGAGUUAAGAUUCUGUACAAAACUCAGCCCCCAAAAACCUACAUCCUAAAAAACAGGAUACAAAACUGUACAUAACAACUUGACAAACCUGUUCCUGUGUGCAGUAGUUACAUUACCGGGAUUCACACUGAAGGGGAAGUGACUUAGCACGGAGAGCAAAGGGAGGGGAGACUCAAGAGCAUCAAAAACAAAAGUGAAACUUAUAAAACACGUUAAUAUGUUGUUUUUCGGUAAAUAUAGCAUUUUCAAAAUAAUAAACGGCAACACGGUGAUGGAUCUUAUGUCACGUUUUAACAGUCAAAACAACUAAAAGUAAAAUACCUCCUCUUUAAGUCAAAAUGUCAUUUUUUGAUUUUCUUCAAACUAAUUAUGUAAAUUUCAAACUUCAUUUUUUCACAACUCAAGAAACUGCACUUACCUGACAAAAAAACUUUUCGUGCAUUUUAAAACAAGUGAAUUUUAUGAUGUUAUUAUUGUACAUAGAUGAUUUUAUGUAUUUGACGCUUUUGCACCUUAAAACCGCACUGCUGUUUAAAAAGAAAGUGUGUGCAUGAUUUUGUUAAAAGUAAAGGUGGAUUUGUGCCUUGGAAACAGAGAGGCUGGAGGUGAGGCUUUAUGUAGUCGGCUGUUGAAUACCAAAAAUGACACGAGGAUUAAACCAGGACUGAACCAGGACCAAACUGGAACUAAAGAAGGAUUUAACCAGGACUAAACCAGGACUAAGCCAGGACAAAACAAGGAGAAAACAAAACCAGGACUAAACUAAGACUUAACCAAGACUCAGCCAGGAUUUAACCAGGACUAAGACAGGGUUAAAGGAGAAAACAAAACCAGGACUAAUCCAGGACUGAACCAGGACCAAACUGGGACUAAAGAAGGAUUUAACCAGGACUAAACCAGGACUAAGACGGGACUAAACUAGGAGAAAACAAAACCAGGCCAGGUUAAGAAGUACUGAAUCAGGACAAAACAAGCAGAACACAAAACCAAGACUCAAUCAGGGUUUAACUAGGACUAAGACAGGGUUAAAGGAAAAAACAAAACCAGGACUAAACCAGGACUGAACCAGGACCAAACCGGAGCCGAAGAAGGAUUUAACCAGGACUAAACCAGGUCUAAGCCAGGACUAAACGAGGAGAAAACAAAACCUGGACUGAUCAGGACUUAACCAGGACUCAACCAGGAUUUAACUGGGAACUAAGACAGGUUUAAAGGAGAAAACAAAACUUGGACUGAACCAGGACCAAACUGGUACUAAAGAAGACCGUAACCAGGACUAACCCAGGUCUAAACAAAUCCAGGACUAAAAAAGCAGCCGACUACAGUACAGCCUGUGCACCAGCCUAUCUCUGCUUAUAGCCCGACUUGUCUCUGAACUGAAAGUCCCUGUAAGAAAACUCCUUUAACUCCAUAGAUUUAACACUGGAAAGAAAGUGUGGACCAUAUGGAAAAAAAAACAAAAACAUAUACAUAAUAAUAAAUUCUUAAAAGCCAUAAUUUAAUCACAAUUCUUGGUGGUUUUCAGAUUCUAGAAUGUGACGAUAUCAUCCUCCCAGAAGAGGGCAGGAGACAGAGUUUUUCUUAUUAAGAACAUUGAACUAUGUCAUGAAAUAUCCAAGAGGUAAAUACACGCAUCAAGAAUAUUGGACUUCUGGUCAAUGCGCAAUUCACACUGGGAAGGAUUUUCCGAAAAAGUGAGCAUCAAACCUCCAUGUUUGUUUUCCCAGUGG